AGACUGAAACUCAGAGAGAGGGAGACUGAAACUCAGAGAGAGAGAGAGACCAGAGAGAGAAAUGGAGGGAAGGUCAGAGGGAGAUGGAGAGAGAGGGAAGCAGAGACUCAUAGUGACCGGAGAGAGAGAGACCCGGAGUGGACGUGGAUUCGGAGCCGGAGCGGAGGGAUUCUUGGUGCUAAGAAUCGGUUCAGAAAUUAGUGAAACAAUUGAAAAAUUGGCUCAGCUUUUUGACUUGACACUUGGCGGUCCCUCAGCUGGAGUCGGUGACCUACUGGAGAGGCAAAAGUCGUUCGAAAGCAAGGAGUCACCAGGCAGCGCUGGAGCGAUGGGGAGAAUUGUUUCCAGGAGGAAUUUUCAGCCAGCCAGGCCAUUGGAUAAUUCAGAUACAGGCAGAAAUUCCGCUGAUGACCUCACUGCUGGACGACUGGACAAGGAAGAAGGGCAGCCUCAGUCUCCUUGGCCCUAUACAAACGCUAGGUUUAAGAAUGGGAUAGUGGGGCUGAAAAAUGAUGGCCUGACCUGUUGUGUCAAUGCGCUGCUCCAGAGCUUCUACCUGACACCUCAAUUUACAUCCAUACUGCAACGGUGGGAUCAGAGGGGAGAGGUGGUUGAUCCAGGGAACAUCCCUUACGCAAUGUGUCGAUUAUUUGACCAGAUGCAGGCUUCAGUGUCUGGGAUGGUGAGUGCGGAGAUGUUUCUGCACUGCCUCAGACUGAACCAUGUGAAAGUUUACAAGCAGCAUGAUGCAGAGGAGCUGUUUCUCAUCAUCUUUAAUCUCUUAAUGGAUCAGUUACGAGCUCCAGAAAUGGUUAAGGAGAUGAAGAGACUUUAUGAGAUAAAAGUGGAGCAGUUUGUGAAGUGUGACUCUGGUACAGUGACUGUGAAAGACAGCAGUUUGUUGAGCCUCCCUUUGCCGGUGCGAGAGAUGGGACAUGGUGGAGUGUUUAAUCUGGAAGACGCUUUGAAGGAGUUUUUUAAUCCCCGGGAGCUGACCAGAAAUGACCAGUGUUUCUGCCCUGAUUUUCAAAGGGAAAAACCAGCAGUGCAGGGUUUCAAGCUUGUCUCAGUCCCUGAAAUUCUGAACCUGCACCUGAAUCGAUUCUCUGUUCCAAUCUCACCUGGUGGUAUGAUUAAGAAAAUCUACAGCUCAGUGGCAUUUCCUGAAAAUCUGAACCUUGACCAUCUUCCGAUCUCAGAAAAGAGCCAGGAAGCUGGAAAUGGCCAGGAAUGCUGGCUCUAUCAGCUUCAUGCAGUGCUGGCCCAUUCUGGCUUCCCAUUCUUUGGACACUAUACUGUGUAUGUGAAGUCCUUCAGAGACUCCAAGUGGUAUCACAUGAAUGAUUCCAAGGUGUCGCAGGUUUCGUGGGCUGAUGUUACGUUGACCUUUGGGGGCCAUGAAUCUAAAUGGACUGAAACAGCAUACAUGCUGUUGUACAAGAGAGUGAAGCAGGAGACUGAAACCCCUUCUGCAGCUGGACAAUAAAUGGAUGAGGCAGCUCCUCCCUCAGGUUGAUGGAUUGUGAAGAACAGAACUUGUACCAAGAUCUGACAUUUCUGAUUUUUGUAGACACUGCUGUCAACAACAAUUUGCAUUUAUAUAGUCACAGGAGAAUUCUUAAACAAAAUUUGUCAUCGUGUCAUAAGGUGUCAUAGGAGAAGUAACUAAAAAGUCAAAGAGACAUUGAGGGGUGUCUUAAAGGUGAAAAGAGAGGCAGUGGGGCUUAGAGAGUGAAUUCAUCUUGGCAGCUGAAGGCAUGGCCACCAAUAGCGGAGCGAUUAAAAUGAGCGAUACCGUAGGGCCAAUUGGAAGAGUUCAGAUAUCCCAGAGGUUUGGGGGGCUGGAGGAGAGCUUUUCAAAUUAAGGCAUUAUUGAACCCAUUAGCCAAUGUAGGCCAACAAGUACAGGAUUGAUUGGACUUGGAAUGAGCCAGGAUAUGUGCAUCUACACCGUCUAUCCCUUUAAGUAUUUUAUAGUUUUCAAUGGGAUCACCUCUCAUUCUUCAAACUCUAGAGAACACAGGCCCAGUUUCCCCAAUCUCUCUUCAUAAGACAGUCCCGCCAUCCCAGGAACACUCCCUCUAUGGCAAUAAUAUCCUUUCUGAGGUAAGGGGACCAAAAUUGCACAGAGUACUCCAGGUUCAGUCUAACCAAACUUCUAUACAAUUGAAGCAAGACUUCACUACUCAAAUCCUCUUGUAAUAGAGGCUAACAUUCCAUUAGCCUCCCUAAUUGCCUGCUGCAUCUGCAUGUUAGCUUUCAGUGACUUAUGUACAAGGACA